CCAGAGUGACACAUCGAGAUCCGGGUGCUUGUGUCAAUGCCCCUCUUUGGCCGCCUUGUGCUUUUUGCUUACGGAGCCGGCCAUCGCACUAUAUUUACUUAUUGUUUGAAAACCUGGGAUAAAUAAAACGGCUCACUAUCUGUACAUCAUUCUGUAUCUCCUUGCACCCAUCCCCUUGUCUCCUGCUCAUCUCGGCUUUAUGACACCCAACCUAUUGUCGGCUAUCCAACGUGUUUUGCUGACCUCCGUGCACUAGUUGGCCGCCCCACUGCCCUCCGCUUCGAGGACGUCUGCAUAGAUAUCCUGCGCCUCUCCCUCCGAUGUCUCGUCCAAAAUUUCUUGCAAUCUCACCAGCGACUCCAUUGCCAGCUCCAGCAGCUCGAAGUCUACUCUGUCCGGUUCAUUGUUGCGGGGCGGCAUGGUGGGGACCUGGACCGGCGAGGACGAGGAGAACUGGGAUGCAAUGGCCAAAUUACGGUGGCCGCCCUCGAAUGCAUCCUCGCGAUAGUUGUGCUGUUCACUGUUCCACCUGUUCCUCGCCCUCAUUGGAAACUCCGACGAACUCGACGAGGCGACUUGAGAGGUGCACGCCCACUGAGAAUUUGGCCAGCCGGAGUCACAGAGACGUCCGCCAUAGCCGUGCUCCCAUUCGGCGGAUGGCGUGUCAGUUUCGACAGUACCCCACUCCUACAAGUGUAGAUUCUGCCAUGCUUAUCUCAGCGACCUCCUCCCAUUGAAUCACGCCGGUCUUGAGCUUGUACUCAAGAUCAAGCGCAUCCGCCAUCGUUUGCUCUUUCCUUAGCUGGCGCAGGAUUUCGAAAGGCGGC